AUGCCCGCCCCAGCAGCAGACAACGCCGCCCCAGCCCAUGCAGAGCCGCUGAAGAUUGCCGUGGUGAAGCCGGAAACGACACAGGGCGAUCAGAGGAGGACGAGAAACGGAAAAUUCACGCUGGCUCAACUCCGCCAAACCGAUGCGCUUGUCCCACUUCAAUCAGGAACCAACCAGUUCGAUUCACAAAAGGGCAAAACGGGCUUCGGCAUGCCGCGCAACACAGCCACCAAGGUCGAGAUGGCCGACGAGGGGAUCGAGCGCCAGUGGUUUGUCGAGCCGGAGAAGAACGACCCGGUCAUCCGGCUCCAGAGCGGUUCCAACCAGUUCGAGUCGCAGAAGGGCAUGACGGCAUUCGGCGCAUCCCGCGACGUCAAGGGCAAGCACCUGAAGCGCAUCUGGGAACUCGAAUUCCCCGAGGAGGCCAUCCAAGAAAAGCCCAUCAACGCCUCACACGGAAAUGGCCAG